AUGCUAUUUGAUUUGUUUGGGUUCUUUGGAGAGAAGCCUUCAUGGUCUUUGAGCCCAAUUAAGUUUGAGGCUGGGAACCAGAACAACUUUGGGGGGAAGGUGAUAGUCCCGCAGUCGGUGCUGGUUGAUCUUGUGUCAUUCCAGAUACAGCCGCCAUUUACAUUUGAAAUCUCUCAUUCCGAUGGGGUUUACAAAACACACUGCGGGGUUCUAGAGUUUACCGGGGAGGAGGGCCAGAUCGUUGUCCCCUCGUGGAUGUAUCAGCAGCUCUCCAUGGAGGAUGCAGACAGGAUUGUGCUCAGAUACAUGACGUUUCCUCUCGGGAGGUUUGUGAAACUGAUACCACAUUCUGUAGACUUCCUUGAAAUCGAGAAUCCAAAGCUGGAAUUGGAGUCAUGCCUGAGGAACUAUCAGGUUUUGUCUGAGGGAGAUGAAAUACUGUGUCAAUUUGACGAGGUUGGAUCAAUAAGAUUCACUGUUGCACACAUAGAGCCCCUAAGCAAUGCAGUAUACAUCGUGGACACAGAUCUGGCUGUUGACUUUCUGGAGCCAAUUGGAUUCAAGGACAAGAUGGAGAGAGAGAGGACGGUCGCAAAGUACGUUGAGGUGAUUGAUUCACCCCACGAUAUAAAGCCAAUUAAGAUGAAGAAGCUUGGACUGUACAUGUACAGGCCGGCGAAUUAA